AUGGAGUUGACCUUCAACAACAGCUAUGAUGCCAGUAUUGGUAUGGCGCCGUUUGAAGCCCUGUAUGGAAGAUGUUGCAGAACACCUUUGUGUUGGUUUCAGGAGGGAGAAGAUGUGUUAACAGGGCCAGAGUUGAUACAGCAAACUAUAGAGAAGGUGAAGAUCAUUCAAGAGCGGAUGCGGGCUUCUCAAAGUAGACAGAUAUCCUACGCUAAUCAGAGACGUACACCUUUGGAGUUUGAAGUUGGGGACCAUGUCUUCCUCCGAGUGACUCCUACUACUGGUGUGGGAAGAGUUAUUCGUGCUAGGAGGUUAUCUCCUAGGAAGUAUGUGCCUAAUCCGUCUUAUGAACUAGAAGCUGAAAAUGUUCAAGGCAGGGAAGAUCUAUCCGUGGAGGAGCAGCCUAUCAGGAUUGUGGAGAGCUAG